UGUUCUCUCAAAGGAAAGUAAUUUGGUUUGUGCUUUGAAUUGAGGGUUUUACUGAGAUGGUACGAACCAAGCUGAUACUUGGUCCGUCUUUUUAUCAUAUAACAAAAUUCCAUCGGAAUUUGUGAAAUGGCUUAAAUACUACGCGUGCAUACGUUCGACCACGCAUGACGUCUCAAUUAUUCAUUCAUUCAUUUCGUACACUGACCUGUAAAUCACGUGCUUCAUUGUUGUUAUAUAUAAACCGACAAUUUUGUGUCUUCUCGAUCUGUGAAAAGGCAAAACGCAGGUUAUUGAAAAUACUUCUUUGUUACAUAAGGAAUUUACAGCUGUUUCCAUAUUGACAAUACCGAAUGACGAAGAACUCACUAAGCCUGUUGUAUAAGUGUUCUGUGAGUGGUGCAGUUCUGCUCGAGUCUUGUCAAACACGACUCGUGUAAUCAAAUGUAAGCGAUUGAAGUGGGUUAACGUCGGCGGCCACAGGAUCAAGGACGUUAUGAGAAAACGGAUGAAGGACAGAGACCAUUGGUUCUUGAAGGGUAUCUCAGACGUUUGAAGCGAAGCCCUCAGGCAGAGACAUCAGCCGACAGGAUUGUGUUUCCCGACUCUUCUGAGGAAGACCCGCCUGAUGCCGCAAGGCAACGUAUGGGCCAUGUCCUGCAAACCCCCGAGUGGAUGAGACCAGCUGCCAGCAAGAAUCCAGAUUGUAAUUACAAAGCUGAAAAAGUGACGGGUCAAAACAGACCCUCUCUGAAGAGCAGCAGUGGCUCAUACAGCCAGGGCGCAAGCGAUGGAUAUAAAUCCUCCAGUCACCGUCAUAGUUACGGUGGAAGCCAGUCAGUUACUCAGAGCGACAUAAAUUUAUCCACCGAAACGAAACGUCAGUCCACAGGCGAAAUAUGCGAAGGGUGUCGUACACAGAAUCCAGGAAACACAGAAUUCUCGAGCAACAGUGGAAGCCAUUCCGCAAGUGACGCAGUCCAAGAAUCUCACAGACAAUAUUCUGGAAACAGCCAGAUUCCCAGUAAAAGCGGAAGUCAAUCCUACGGGAACAGCAAACGUCAGUCACCCAUAAAGAGCGCAAGCCAUUCCACCUUGAGUUGUGGAAGUCAGUCCACAAGUGAUAUAUUUGGAGGACUUGAGGCACAAUAUCCUGCAAAAAUUCAAACUUCCGGUAACAGCGAAAGUCAAUCCUCCGGAUAUAAUGGAUAUCAGUCCUUCAGAAAUACUGAAGGUCAAUCUUUCAGCAACACUGAAAGUCAGUUUGCAAACGACGCAUUCGAAGGACUUCAUUCACAAUAUCCUGAGAAUGUUCAGACUACCAGUAACAGCGGAAGACAAUCUGUCGUUAAUACUGAAAGUCAAUCUUCCGGCAUUAGUGAAAAUGGAUCCUCCGGUAACAGCAAGACCCAAUCCUCCAGUAAUAGUGAAAGUCAAUCCUCCGGUAACAGCGGAAGUCAGUCCUCCAGUAAGAGUAAAAGUCAAUUCUCAAGUAAGAGUGAAAGUCAAUCAUUCGGUAACAGCGGAAGUCAAUCCUCCAGCAAUAGUGAAAGUCAAUCGUCCGGCAUUAAUGAAGGCCAGUCAGCAAGCAACACAAAUAGAGGAUUUGAUGCAAUUUCUCCUGGAAACAUCCAAAGUUCCAGUUACAGCGGAAGUCAAUCCUCCAGCAAUAGUGAAAGUCAAUCGUCCGGCAUUAAUGAAGGCCAGUCAGCAAGCAACACAAAUAGAGGAUUUGAUGCAAUUUCUCCUGGAAACAUCCAAAGUUCCAGUUACAGCGGAAGUCAAUCCUCCAGCAAUAGUGAAAGUCAAUCGUCCGGCAUUAAUGAAGGCCAGUCAGCAAGCAACACAAAUAGAGGAUUUGAUGCAAUUUCUCCUGGAAACAUCCAAAGUUCCAGUUACAGCGGAAGUCAAUCCUCCAGCAAUAGUGAAAGUCAAUCGUCCGGCAUUAAUGAAGGCCAGUCAGCAAGCAACACAAAUAGAGGAUUUGAUGCAUUUUCUCCUGGAAACAUCCAAAGUUCCAGUUACAGCGGAAGUCAAUCUUCCAGUAAGAGUGAAAGUCAAUCCUCCGGUAACAGCGGAAGUCAAUCCUCCAGCAAUAGUGAAAGUCAAUCGUCCGGCAUUAGUGAAGGCCAGUCAACAAGCGAUACAGACAGAGGAUUUGAUGCAAUUUCUCCUGGAAACAUCCAAAGUUCCAGUUACAGCGGAAGUCAAUCCUCCAGCAAUAGUGAAAGUCAAUCGUCUGGCAUUAGUGAAGGCCAAUCCUCCGGUAACGGUGAAAGUUCAUUCCCCAAUAAUAUUGAAGGUCAAUCCUCCAGCGAGAGUGAAAGUCAAUCGUCUUCCAGUAGAACUGGGCCGACAUCUUUCUCUGUACGGUGUUUUUUUGGACUCUGUUACCAACAGUUUCCUGGGUACAUCCAAUCCCAUAAUUAUGUAAACAGCAAUGAGCAAGCUUUCUCACGUGGCAGAAGCCACGCGUCCAGCGUGGGUGGAGAUAUCGGCUAUAUUCAUUCGGUUCUUCCAUUCGAUGACAGCGAGUCUUCCGAUGCCAAUGCCAACGAAGGAUUUACAGAUCGUUCUAGGUGGACUGCUGGGACGUCUCUACCUGUUUUCUCCUCCCCAGAAAACUCUUACCGGGCGGUCGGUGCAUAUUUUGAAAACCGAUUUCCUUUAUUUUCUGUGGCGGGGUUUCCACGGUAUUCAAACAGUUGGUCUCAGAGCUCGUCACACAGCGGAUCAUUUUCUGAAAGCUCCAGCUCCAGUUCCAGUUCCGGUAGCACCAGCAUCACUGGUGGUGCAGAACCAUGCAUUGGGUCUUGGACAAAGCAAUUCACCACCAUUGGUGCGCCGUGUAACGAAAACGGGCCUGAAUAACAAUGCACUGAACCAACUGUAGCAUCUAGCCUGCAGCUAACGAAAUGUGGUCAAUUAAAGCGCAUUUGUGAACGAA